GAUAACGACGGGGUCAAUGAUCAAUUUGAUAAUUGUCAAUUUGUGGCUAACCCUGACCAGGGAGACUGUGAUGGUGAUGGUGUUGGAGAUGCUUGUGACAACUGCCGAGGAACCCCAAAUACUAACCAGACUGACACCGAUAAUGAUAGAGUUGGAAAUAUUUGUGAUCUUGAUGAUGAUAAUGAUGGAAUGUUUGAUGAACGAUUUGACCAGGGUCAAGAUAGUGAUGAAGACUUCUGUAUUGAUGUUGCUGAUCCAGAUCAAGUUGACUCUGACUCAGAUGGUGAUGGGGACUACCGUGACAAUUGUCCACUAGUGCCCAACCCCGACCAGACUGACUCUGAUGGCGAUAGGUUUGGAGACGCCUGUGACAAUUGUCCAUACCUGUUUAACCUUGGCCAGGUGGACUAUGAUGGUGAUAGGAUUGGGGAUGUGUGUGACCCACAUGUUUCACCUGACAAUGACAAUGACACUGUUUUAAACAACAAAGACAACUGCCCUCAUGUCAGCAAUCCAGAUCAAGCAGAUACAGAUGGCAAUGGUGUGGGUGAUGCUUGUGAAGGCUCUGCAGUUAUCAGAUUAGAGAGUACGUUUCUAAAGGUCAAUGAAGAUGCUGAAGAAGCCCAAUUCUGUCUUGUCAUCGAGCACCCAAUGAGUGAUUGCCCUCUCAGUUUCUCAUUUGUGGUG